UGUCGGACCUGGUCGCCCCCACCCUAUGCUGUAGUCCUGCAGGGGAGCGCCUCCUGAAUUUGCAAACCCCCUGGGUGCGAUUGCAAGGAUAGGAUUGCUCGUUUGCGGCGGUGUGGGCUUGGUGCCCGUAUGGUGGGUUCUUUUUCUUCUUUUGGGAGGUAUACCGACGUAUUGCGGAUCGAAUUGGACGGCCUUGGGAUAAGGGAUAAGAAAUCGACUGGAAUGUCUGCAAUCAGGAAGUGCCUGUGUUCCAACAACCACUGAAUAAACAGCUUGAGCCUGCACAUUACUGUUUACAGAGUACAAGGCCAUUAUUCGAAAAUGGGUGAUUCAUGUGGGAGCAAUAGCCAUGGUGCUGUUACACGGGUGCUAUUCUGUGGCCCAUAUUGGCCUGCUUCUACUAAUUACACCAGAGAGUACUUGCAGAACUACCCAUACAUUCAGGUUGAUGAAGUAGGUCUUGAACAAGUACUUGAUGUUAUUCAAAACUAUCAUAUAUGUGUAGUAAAAAAUAAGCGUAUAGAUUCAGAUAUCAUUGCCAAGGCAACUCAGAUGAAGAUUAUUAUGCAGUAUGGUGUUGGGUUAGAAGGUGUCGAUGUAAACGCUGCUACAGAACACAAAAUCAAAGUAGCACGGAUACCUGGAAGUACGACAGGAAAUGCGGUGUCUUGUGCAGAAAUGGCAAUCUACCUUACUCUUGGUGUUCUGCGUAAGCAAAAGGAGAUGGAUACUGCUGUGAAUCGGAAAGACCUUGGUGUUCCUGUUGGAGAUACAUUAUUUGGCAAAACAGUCCUUAUCCUAGGAUUUGGAGCCAUCGGCAUUGAAGUUGCCAAGAGGCUCAAACCCUUUGGAGUAAAAGUUCUUGCCACCAAAAGAAAUUGGUCAUCAGACACACUGCCAUGUGAUGUUGAUGAGAUGGUUGGCAAGAAAGGUGGUCCACAAGAUAUGUAUGAAUUUGCUGGAGAAGCUGACAUUGUCAUAACAUGCAUGGCCUUGAACAACGAAACAGUUGGAAUUGUGGAUCACAAGUUCCUUUCGUCAAUGAAAAAGGGAUCAUAUCUGAUCAACAUUGCGAGAGGACGCCUCUUGGACUACAAUGCAGUGUUCGAUCACCUCAAAUCAGGUCAUUUAGCUGGUUUGGGCAUUGAUGUUGCUUGGAUGGAACCAUUUGAUCCAGAGGAUCCUAUUCUGAAAUUCCCAAAUGUUAUUAUAACACCACAUGUGGCUGGAGUCACUGAAUACUCUUACAGAACAAUGGCAAAGUCUGUUGGUGACACUGCCCUCCAGCUUCACUCAGGGGAGCCAUUCACGGGAAUAGAAUUUGUCAACUAAAGUGCAGGCCAUAUUAGCUAUUGAAUUCAGAUGAGAAUUGCUGUUUCUGUAGGGAAAUAAUGAAUCGGCAACUUUUAGGAACAUGCAACAAGAUGCUGUCAUAAGUAUACUAUAGGGUGUGUGCAUCCCCCGCUAGGUCGGGAGUGUUUUCAAGACUCUGCAUCAACUCAAUGUAAUGCUCUUGAGAAUUAAUAAAGCUUUCUUUGUUGGGAAAAAA